AUGAAUGACACUGCUAGAAAGUUGCAAUUUCAGGACUGGGUGGUUAUUCCAUCAAUAGAAAAAUCCGGGGGUCAAAUUGUAUCCUGGGCCAAUAGGAUUUUGGUAAAUUUGGUGGAGGUUAAGUUUAAUAUAAUAACGGUUGAAGUGAAAAUUAAAGGAAUUUUAAGUUAUAUUUCUUGUAUAUAUAGAGCGUUAAAUGUGCAUGAUAGAACUGCUCGAUGGGAGUAUCUAUUGACACUGAAUGAAAUAUUUAAUGAUCCAUGGUUGUUAGUUGGUGAUAUGAACUUCAUUUUAAAUAAUACUGAGAAAGAAGGUGGCAAUGAAGCUUCUACCAGUAUAUUUAAUUUAGUUCACAGAACUAUACAACAAAUUGGUUUCAUGGAUCUGGGUUUCCAUGGUGACCCUUUCACUUGGUCUAACCAAAGAGAGGGUGAAAGUAAUAUAAGAGAACGUAUUGAUAGGGGUCUGGUUAAUGUUAAAUGGUUUAAUGUUUCUCCGGACUAUACUGUUUAUCACUUAUCCAGAGUGGCGUCAGACCAUAAUCCUCUGUUAUUAGAUGUUUGUCCGGUUAAAUUGGGAGGUUCAAAACCAUAUAAAUAUUUUAGGGGUUGGAAAGAACAUAAAGACUAUAACAUGUUUGUUGAAAAUGCUUGGUCUGAAAAUAGAGGUGUUUCGGAAGACAACAUAGUUCAGACCCUGAAAUCUCUAGCCACAUACUUUGGGUUAUGGAAUAAAAACAUUUUCAAAAAUAAGGAAGAGAUCUAA